CGCAGUGCGAGGUCACGUGGUGUCAUUCCGAGUACCGUCCCGUUUCGCGCGUUGUCCUCUCGAGUCUCGCGUGCAGUCGCUCACGCGCGUUGCACCUUGUAAGAUGUCGCGUGAUUUUCUUGCAUGAUCGCUGACUUUCUAUUCCGACCUCGCUCCGUGAGCCUCGCGUCGCCCACUAACGGCACUAACAUCGCGACGUUUUCUCGAAAGCUGCGGCGUAAAAUAAAAUAAGAGAGAAGAAGAGAGGGGAAAACAGGUUGUUUCGGGAGUGCGAAAUUCGGAGCGGUCGACGCGAAAUGACAGCCAGCAUGAUCAGCGACGAAGAUUAUCGGCGCUGGACAACGGCGUCCGCAUUCAGAUCCGAUAGGACACUCUAAAAUUCUACGUUUUUUGGAAUCGUCUUUUUUUCACAAGAUAGACAGUGCGUCAUCGAGAGGAUUUUACAUCAUGAAAAACGCACCGCUUUGAAUCGGUGUAGAAUGCAAUCGACGCUUUCUUCGUAAUUUUAUCGAGAAGCGUUAGCACGUACCAAAGACCGGAGUUGAAUUCUAUACAUGUUAAGUCAGUCUCAAGAUAUCGCCGGUCCAUACAGCUGACGACUUCACGCUUGACCGGUCGGAGUUCUUUUCAAAACAGACGGCUAAUAAAAUAACAAGCACGUUCUGGAGAAGAUUUGUGUUCACAAGGCAAAAAAUAAAUCCUCUAACUGUUCAGAAGGUACGAAACUCGGACGGGAUCCGAGAUCUCAAGCCCGACGAAUUCAGACCGAAAGCAAUAACAUAGACGUAGAGUAUCAUUGAAUGAGGUGAAGUUGGCUGUGAAUUCGAGCGCAACGUCGAUCAAUCGGAAGAAGUGGAUUUUUUUAAACGGCGGUUUUUAUCGUGACCGCACGUUAUGAUGGGGGUAUUGAGAUGGAGGCACGAUCUCAGAUCGGAGGCUGCGGCGCAGCAACAACAGGAACAGCAACAACAGAGAGCGGAGCGACCAACCGGACACAACAGUCACGCGCACACUUUCCCAAAGCUCUUGUCGCAGACACCGAGAGAUGACAGGACAACGUCGAGUCCCGGUGGUGCGCCUAGCAAUCACACAUCAGCGUUAUCGCCAUCACCGAUGGGCGAUGCGCCCUUGGGGAGAGCACUAAUGGAAGCAGCUCUGCAACAGCAAGCUGUGUCCGGUGUCCAGCCACCCUUAGUUGUCACGCCAUCCGGGUAUUGGGUCGACGGUACCGAUCAUCGACAUACUCUCGAUUCCGCCGGCAAAGCAUUACUACCGGCGCAGCCAGCCUGGCAGCCUAGGAUAGACCAGGAUGACACGGCCAAAUGCUACCGCCGCUUCUUUGUCGGCAGAGAACACGUGAAUCUCGUGGGAAGGGACAAUGAGAACGGUCCGGUUUUGGUCUCGGUGAAGGCCGAGACGGUCGCCGGACAAGAACACUGGCGGGUGUUACUGCGACUUCGAGCAGGAUCGACACAUGACCUGGUUCCAACUACGAAUCUCAACUCGAAUCCUACACCGAGGAAAAUGGUCAAGGCUAUCAAUGAGUCUCUAAACGUGAGCCCUCUGAUACCGGUCAUGUGCCCCGGCGCCGGUACCUUGAUAGCACGGUACGACGAGCACGCCUUGGUCUCCAGGUUUAAGUUUGGUGUUCUUCAUCAGCGAGCCGGUCAACUCACCGAGGAACAACUCUUCGGCAAUCGGCAGAUCACCCCGGCCUUUCAGGAGUUUCUCGAUUUGCUUGGUCAGAAAAUCGAUCUCAAGGAUCACAAGGGUUAUCGCGGUGGGUUGGAUACUCGACACGGCCAAACUGGCGAUUCGGCGGUAUAUGAAGUGUUUCGGGGUCGGGAAGUAUUGUUCCAUGUGGCCUCAUUAUUGCCGUAUAGUCCAGGCGAUUCGCAGCAAUUACAGCGCAAACGACACAUCGGCAAUGACAUCGUUGCCAUCAUAUUUCAGGAGGAACCAACGCCCUUCAGCCCGGACAUGAUCGCCAGUCAUUUCUUGCAUGCCUUCAUCGUCGUGCAAGUCAUCGACCCCUGCACUCCUAAUACAAGGUACAAAGUCAGUGUGACAGCGCGUGAUGAUGUUCCUUGGUUUGGACCUACUCUACCGACUCCAGCUGUUUUUCUCAGAGGUGUCGAAUUUAAAGAGUUUCUGCUCACGAAACUCGUAAACGCCGAGAACGCCGCUUAUAAAGCCGAGAAAUUUUCCAAGUUAGAGCUACGGACUAGAUCGGCCUUGUUAGAAUCUCUAACGGAAGAACUGCAAACUAAAACGGCAGAAUUUCUUGGUGGUCCACUUGGCCUAGGAAGUUCUGGCUUAAGCGUUUGUCCAGUAAGUCCAACGACAAAUGAUGUAUCCACUUCAGGAAGUAGUGGCAGUGGCUCGCGAUUCAUCGACACGGUUCGGAAAGCACUGAUCUCCCGUGUGAGGAACGCAUCAACGGAAAGCGUGCCGCAACAGUUAGCUAAGAAAGGUCAACAGACAGAGUCCAGUCCUCCAAGUAAUCGACAAUCGACUGUUGCAAAGGUGAGCGGCAGCAAGCGUUCGGUGGAACCGUCCAGUCCCCUCGGCUCGCCGGAUCUGACUUUGAGAAGAGACUCGGAGCGUGGUAGUCUUGGUAGCCAAGACAGCAGCCUAUCCAACACUGACAAUCAAGAUAGUAGCCUAAUAACGUUGCAACAAGACGAAUAUGAUCGUAGAGAAUCGCAAGGCGCGAGUGUCAUCUGCCUCAAUGAUACUUCUGUCAUCGAUAAAUCCCCGGCGCCAACAUCGACAAUGAUGCAACAACUAACACACGAGAAUCUGCGCACGCAGGAGAAAACAACAACGGAGAUGACGCAGCGAGUGAUUUCAGAGAGCGAUGAUAGUUCGCUCAAUAGCGAACUCGAACUCGAUCAGGCCGUAUAUCCCGAUAGUGACACGGGCCUCGAAUCUAUGAGUUCCGCGGAGACUCACGAUACCGCAAGAUGUACCAGUAAAGACGGGAUCGUGGAAAACGAAAACUUAAGGAUGGAGGUCACUAGACUCAAGUGCGACAAAUUGGAUUUACUGCGGCAAAAUGUGACAUGUCAACGUGAAUUGAAACGACGUCGAGAAAAAGAAUUACAACUAGAAUCCGAUUUGGCGACGGCGUCCAAGGAGAUCCUACGAUUACGUGCAAUGCUAAAGGAAUGUUCCACGAGCAUUCCGCUAGAUAACAACAACCAGCAAACGUCCACCGUGUGAAAUUUACGAGCACAACGUUUAAUCUUAGACGCGAUCGAUAGUUAUUCUCAUGAGAUAUUAGAUAAUAUGGCCUUUACGGUCGAAUGCAAUUACAUGUAUAGAUCUGGAAAAUUGUCUUCGAAAAUGCGCGCAAUAAUUUUUUUUGUCUUUGUUAGAAAAUCUGUCGAAUUUCACAUGGCUUUUGCACGCACGCUAUUUCUUUUUCGUUACAUCACUUUUGCAUAUAGUCUGAUAUUGAGAUUACUGAAAUGACAUACGAAAUACCAAUAGAUGUUUAAAGGACAUAAUAGAAACCUAAAGUAAAAUGUUAAGAUGUCUUUCAAACGCUUAAUGAGUACUCAAUACUUAAACACUGUGUACCUUCACCAGGAAUCAUUCAUUACUUCCAAAGGUUUAUCGUUAGAGCAUGUAUAGAGCAUAUAGAGCAUAUAUUUGCAAUUUAGAUGCUUUAUUACGAGAAUUAAUCAUUCAAAGUGAAUUUUCUUUCUAUAGAUAGAGAUCGGUACAAGUUCUAUAAGUCAUAUACGAGAUAGUAAGAUUAACACAAAUCCUGAAACUGUGUAUAGUGACCAAAGUGUCCUCGAGAUACUUGUAGUAUAGAUUCAAGAUUGUUAGUUCUUGUUUGACUUAUAAAACACGUGUAAUAUUUAUAUCUAUUAAUUUAUUAGUAGACUUAAGUUGACCAUUCGUAGUCAAUAUACAUAUGUGGAUAUAAAAAGAAGCAGUAGGAAUAUUCUGUAGUAUUAGCUAUCUUAAGAGACGGAUUGAGCACUCAACAUUAAGAAGAAACAAAAAUUAUCGCAAUGCGUUGCAAUAAGAGCGCGUUAUAUCUAUUUAUCGCUAACAACAUCACAAUCCUAAUAACUUCCGUUUAUUCUUCCACAGCGUAGAUUCAUCCACAAUUGGACAGAAUUUUUUCCAUAAUUAGAUACUAUUUAAGAUAGUCGAUAGACAUUUUGUCAACGCGAUUGUAGAAGGAAGUAAUAUGUCAUUAGCAGUAUUCGUUAGAUACAUUUAUUCGGCAUAACACUUAUCCGUUUAUUAGUUUUCUAGUACUUAGAUACCAGAGAAUAGUUUUAGAAGAUACUUCUAUGAGGUUAAAUUAUAUCCGCACCAUCCUCGCGUGCUAGUUUUAGUGAGAAACUGAUUUCAAGCGUUUUUUUUUUAACCAAUCGCACACAGCACCAAAUUAUUUAAGUAUAUGCAUCACAUGUUUUCACAAAAUAUUUUUAUUUUUUCGCACGUGCAAACAAACGAUGCGUUUACCAUUCACCAUCUAAAAUUAAGCAUUUUGUAUUCGUUUUUAGUUGAUGAAUGUCGAUUUUUCUGUUGUCUUGUACGGCUAGUAUUAAUACGACUCUUACCAUUAUUAUUAUUAUCAACCUUACUAUUAUUAAUAUUUUUAUUAACAUAAAUUACGUUGUAUAAUGUUUGUAAAUAAUCGUUAAUAUAGGACAGACACUUGAAGGCGUUAAGCAAACUGGCACAAAGAGGAGGAACAACAACGUUCACUCACAUAUAAUACCAAAGUUUAAUGUAGUAAAA